AAGCCUGCGUCUCCAAGAUGGAAGGGGAGAACCAGACCCGGGUCAGCAGGUUCAUUCUGGUGGGCUUCCCCGGGAGCUGGGGCGUGCGAGCCGUGGUGUUCCUGGUGUUCCUGGUGGCCUAUCUUUUGACCGUGGCUGAAAACACGCUCAUCAUCCUGUUGGUGCAGCAGAACCGGCCGCUGCACAAGCCCAUGUACUUCUUCCUGGCCAACCUGUCCUUCCUGGAGACCUGGUACGUCUCUGUGACUGUCCCCAAGUUGCUGUUCGGUGUCUGGUCGGUGAGCAACAGCAUCUCGUUCACGCACUGCAUGAUACAGCUUUACUUUUUCAUCGCGCUCAUGUGCACGGAGUGCGUGCUCCUGGCCGCCAUGGCCUAUGACCGUUACGUGGCCAUCUGCCGCCCGCUGCGCUACCCGACCCUCAUGAGCCACACCCUCUGCUUCCGCCUGGCUCUUGCUUCCUGGGCCAUUGGCUUUGGCAUCUCCCUGGCCAAGAUCUACUUCAUCUCGCGCCUCCGCUUCUGUGGCCCCAACAUCAUCAAUCACUUCUUCUGUGACAUCUCUCCGGUGCUCAGCCUCUCCUGUGUGGACAUGUCCACAGCUGAGCUGGUGGACUUCAUCCUGGCCCUGGUCAUCUUCCUCGUCCCCCUGUCGAUCACGGUGUGGUCCUAUGGCUGCAUUCUGGCCACCGUGCUACGCAUGCGCACAGGAAAGCAGAGAGCCUUCUCUACUUGCGCCUCCCACCUCGUGGUGGUCACCAUCUUCUACUCCGCCACUAUCUUCAUGUAUGCCCGGCCCCGAGCCAUCCACGCCUUCCACCUGCACAAAGUCGUUUCCGUCUUCUAUGCCGUCGUCACCCCCGCGCUCAACCCUUUCAUCUACUGCCUGAGGAACCGAGAGGCCAAGGAGGCUCUGAAGAAACUGAUCCAAGGCCCGGCCACCUGA